AGGAACUAGGGUUUUUGCAAGUUCCACUGGAAGGCGUGUCUCAGUAGCCGCUUGAGGAGCUCAGGAAGAGAAGAUGUCUCACAGGAAGUUUGAGCAUCCCCGGCAUGGGUCUCUUGGAUUUCUCCCAAGGAAGCGUGCUGCUCGUCACAGGGGAAAAGUGAAGGCUUUCCCCAAGGAUGAUCCUAACAAACCUUGCAAGCUUACUGCUUUUCUUGGUUACAAGUCUGGCAUGACCCACAUUGUGAGAGAGGUUGACAAACCUGGAUCAAAGCUGCACAAGAAGGAGACAUGCGAGGCUGUAACAGUUAUUGAGACUCCUCCGAUGGUCAUUGUUGGUGUGGUCGCUUAUGUGAAGACACCACGUGGUCUCCGUUCAUUGAACACUGUAUGGGCUCAGCAUCUGAGUGAGGAGGUGAAAAGGAGAUUCUACAAGAACUGGUGCAAGUCCAAGAAGAAGGCUUUUGUGAAAUACUCAAAGAAGUAUGAGACUAAUGAAGGGAAGAAAGAUAUCCAAGCACAGCUAGAGAAGAUGAAAAAAUAUGCAUCUGUUAUCCGGGUUUUGGCUCACACCCAGAUAAGGAAAAUGAAGGGACUGAAGCAGAAGAAGGCACAUCUGAUGGAGAUCCAGGUCAAUGGUGGGACUAUUGCUCAGAAAGUGGAUUAUGCUUAUGGCUUCUUUGAGAAACAAGUUCCUGUGGAUGCUGUUUUCCAGAAAGACGAGAUGAUUGACAUUAUAGGUGUGACAAAGGGUAAAGGUUAUGAAGGUGUUGUCACUCGUUGGGGUGUUACUCGUCUUCCUCGCAAGACUCACAGGGGUCUGCGGAAAGUGGCAUGUAUUGGUGCCUGGCACCCUGCCCGAGUUUCAUUCACUGUUGCCAGGGCUGGUCAGAAUGGAUAUCACCACCGAACUGAAAUGAACAAGAAGAUCUACAAGCUUGGAAAGUCUGGGCAGGAGUCCCACACUGCCGUCACCGAGUUCGACAGGACUGAGAAAGACAUUACUCCCAUGGGUGGCUUCCCUCACUAUGGUGUGGUUAAGGAUGAUUAUCUGAUGAUCAAGGGAUGCUGUGUUGGCCCGAAGAAGAGGGUUGUUACGCUUCGUCAGACUCUGCUCGCUCAGACGUCCCGUUUGGCCCUCGAGGAGAUCAAGCUCAAGUUCAUCGACACAUCUUCCAAGUUUGGACAUGGACGCUUCCAGACUGUAGAAGAAAAGCAGAAGUUCUAUGGACGUGUGAAGGCUUAAUAAUGCAAUUCAUUCAAAUUUUGAGUUUUUGGUGCAAGUUAGGUGAGCAUGUUAUGUUCUUUGGGGAAUUUUCCAUCAAAGUUACUUUUUUAUAUUAUAUUCAGGUGUCUGAAGUGCUGAGGACUUGAACAGCUUCUAUGCUAGUAGUGUUUUAUCAGAGAUUGAACUGCAAAAUUUUGGAUUUUGGUUCUUAAUUUUAUUUGGAUUUUGUUAGUCUGGUGUGGUUUCAUCUGCA